AUGGCAACAAAUGAGAAUCUCCCUCCAAAUGUCAUAAAACAGCUGGCAAAGGAGCUGAAGAAUCUCGAUGAAACCCCUCCGGAGGGCAUCAAAGUUGGAGUGAACGAUGAUAAUUUUUCAGUUAUAUACGCUGAUAUUGAAGGCCCAGCUGGAACGCCAUACGAAAAUGGGGUUUUCCGCAUGAAGUUGAUAUUAUCUCAUGAUUUUCCACAUUCUCCACCGAAAGUUAGUGGUUGUGUCUUUUUUUUUUUUUUUUUNGGAUAUUUUCUGACCAAGAUUUUUCAUCCUAAUAUUGCGACAAAUGGCGAGAUCUGCGUGAAUGCUCUGAAGAAAGAUUGGAGCCCGACUCUUGGCCUACGCCAUGUCUUAAUUGUGAUUAGAUGCUUAUUGAUCGAACCAUUUCCAGAAUCUGCUUUAAAUGAGCAGGCUGGCAAGAUGCUGCUCGAAGAUUACGAAGAGUAUGCCAGACAUGCCAGGCUAUACACUGGGAUACAUGCCCUGAAGCCCAAGCAGAAGCUCAAAUCAGGCCCAAUAUUCGAGUCCACCACAGCCCUAAACGUCGAGCCGGCCAAUACAUCAGCAAAGUUGCCCGACCAGAAGAAAAACCAGCCCGUUUCGUGCCAGCUGUCAUCCCCACUUGCACCCAAACCGGAAAACGGUCAGGACUACUUGGCGGCAGCCCCUUCAUCAGCUGAGAUAGCUCCAGUGGCCGCCCUAAAGAAGGAGACAGGUCUGAGUAAGGUCCCGGCAGACAAAAAGAAGAUCGAUGCUAGAAAGAAAAGCUUGAAGAGAUUAUGA